GCGCCCACCUGAUUGGUCAAGGGCCCUCACACUGCCACGCCUUCCGUGCUCGAGCCUGGAUGGGGCACGUGAGAGGGAUGCGCAUGCGCAGUGCAGGAGUCCAGCUGGUUAAUGGCCGCGUGCAGGUUGUUACAGUAGUUCAGUGGCGGCUGCGGGGUGGCCGGGUGAUGGCAGAGAGCGGCGCGUGGCUGCUCGUGCUGAGCUCCGUGUUUCUGUGCAACCUUCUCAAAAUCCUCCUGCCCUUCUGCUCCUCCAUCAUAUCCAGAUUGCUACAGAAGGAUGCAGAGCAGGAGUCCCAGAUGAGAGCUGACAUUCACAACAUGAAGCAAGAACUCUCAACCAUUAGUAUGAUGGAUGAGUUUGCUAGAUAUGCCCGACUGGAAAGAAAGAUUAACAAAAUGACUGACAAACUUAAAACUCAUGUCAAAGCACGAACUGCUCAAUUAGCCAAAAUAAAGUGGGUGAUAAAUAUUGUAUUCUACAUUCUACAAAUUAAGAAGAAACAGCAAGAAGUAGUGGGCUUCUUAGAGGCCAACAAGAUUGACUUUAAGCAAAUGGACAUAGCUGGUGAUGAGGACAACAGGAAAUGGAUGAGAGAGAACGUACCAGGUGAAAAGAAACCACAAAAUGGAAUCCCCCUCCCUCCACAGAUCUUCAAUGAGGAGCAGUACUGUGGGGACUUCGAAUCCUUCUUCUCUGCCAAGGAAGAAAACAUUAUUUAUUCAUUCCUGGGUCUGGCACCUCCUCCAGGUACAAAGGAGGUGAAAACUGCUGAAGAGACAUCAAACCUUCCAAACGGUGAAGUUUCGGGUGAAGAGCACAAAGUUGUGGAAGAGACUGAAAAGUCUGAAGUAACUGAAGAAAAUGAGGCACACACAGAAGACAACGUAGAUGCAGUCGCUAAUUCUAUUGAACUGCCAUCAGAAGAGCAACAGAUGGCUUUGAAGAGAUUCAAAAUGAUUUUGUUUUUAAUUGUAGUAUUGGCCCCUGGCUGGUUGUAUUUGUUCAAGCCAAAUUUGAUUGCAAUCUUUAUAUUCUGUCAAAAGAAGAUUGAGGCCACAUCACUGACUUUUAUAACAGAAAGCAGAAACUUUUUGCAGUUGCCAGAUAUAGACUGCAGUAAGACUCCUCCGUUUCUGGUGCUCCUUGUGACAUCAUCACAUGGCCAGAAUAAAGCUAGGAUGGCUAUCCGUCAAACAUGGGGGAAACACAGACUAGUUGCUGGCAACCGCAUCGUGACAUAUUUUCUUCUGGGAACCACCAUGAACCAAAAUGAUCAAACUGGUAUUAUUGCUGAAAGUCAGAAAUACAGAGACAUUAUCCAGAAGGAUUUUAUAGACACAUAUUACAAUUUGACUUUAAAGACAAUGAUGGGAAUUGAAUGGGUUUACAAAUUUUGUCAUCAAUCCAGGUUUGUGAUGAAAACUGACUCAGAUAUGUUUGUCAAUAUCUUUUACCUGACUGAACUUCUUUUAAGAAAAAACAGAAACACUGGAUUCUUCACAGGCUUUUUAAAGACGAAUGAGCUCCCUAUAAGAGAGAGAAAUAGUAAAUGGUAUGUGAGUAAAGAUGAAUAUCCAGGAAGUACGUAUCCUCCAUUUUGUUCUGGGACUGGUUAUGUUUUCUCCACUGAUGUUGCUAGUCAGAUUUAUAAUAUUUCAGAAAGUGUCCCUUUUAUUAAACUGGAGGAUGUUUUCAUAGGACUGUGUCUUGCUAAACUAAAAAUCAAUCUGGAGGAACUUCAUUCAGAACAGACAUUCUUCUCAGACAGGGUUGAGUUCUCUCUUUGUCUCUUCAAGAAAAUUGUGACAUGCCAUUAUGUGCAACCUUAUGAGCUGCUGAUCUACUGGAAUGCACUGGAGAGGUCAAUGGAUGAAAAAUGCCCAGAUGUUUGAAAUAGCUGAGCUAACAAAGUGACAAAAAAUAGCUACAGGACCAGCCUUUAGUAGGGUUACUACCUGGCCAGUAUUUGACUGGCCUGGCCAUUUUUUUAUGCAUUUGCCAGUUUUCAGAAAAAUAAUUUAAUCUGCCUUUUUUUUACAUGGGUCUAAAGAUUUGCAUUAUUAUCACCACAUUACACUGGGAUAUCUAACGUUAAAAGUUUCUGUGUCCAGCUAAAGAUGCUGCAGUGUUCCCACUUCCGCAGCUUAAGUAAGAAAAUGAUGUUAUCAAUCUUUUCUAUAUAUCUCAUCUCUCUAGAUACUAUAAAUGGCUACUGGGGGCAGGAUUUGCAGAAUUAUCUUCUGGGGUGGGAGUGGUGCCGGAUUUUUUGCAUGUCAAAGGUGGUAAUCCUAGCCUUUAGUCAGGCAAAACUUGGCCACUGAAGAUAGGCUGGGGACUUGUACAGUCAAAGAGACACUGAUAAAUAUUUUAAUCUCUUGCCCAUCUGUAAAUUUGCUGUUAUUUAUUUGCAAAGACUGGAUUUUCUUGCAGAGCACAAGCCAAUAAAACUGCUUUGUCUCAGUACGAACACUUACAGUAAUGUCAACAGAAGGCUGGGAAUGCUUACAUAUCAUUUGCUUCUCUCUAUCAUUUUCUCUGUUUCCCUAACAUUAAAAGUUUACAGUCCAAAAUCCAUUGCCUGACACAUUAUAACAAGGUUAGGCCACACUCCUGUAAUGAGCUCUGUGUGAGUAGAGACAUGCAUCUGCAUAAAUCUUUUAAACUGCUGAAGUUGAUGGGGCUUUGCACAGGUGUAUAGAUCUACCUAUUCAGAGCCUGUUGCAGGAGCAGGGUCUUAAGUGCCAUAGGUUAACUUCUGAGCCUUUAAGAUCACAGCAUUAGUUUUCUAUUAUACAUUUUACAUUUAAAAUCAUGCAUACAGGGCUUAAUCGAGAGACCAAGAGAAAGAAAAAAUCAACAGUGCUGACAGAACAUUGGAGUUGGUAAAUAAUGUAUUUCAACAUGCCAUAUUCCCCCUUCAGUACAAGGUGUAUUUUUGAAUUCAGAGGAAUUAGUAAAUACUGCAAAAUUCUAAACUCAAACAUCACAUUUCCCUUUAUGCUGGGAUUGUCAAAGGGGCUGAAGAGAAUGAGGUGCCGUCCUCAUGUUAAUGGAGUUUGGGCACUGACUCCAUUAGUCUCUUUUAAAAACCCCAGCCUCAAUUGUUAUACUUUAUACAAUUGAGUAAUUAUACUCAGGCCAUAUAUGUAAAUGCUGAAUGAACAAAAGGGCUAUUUGUAUAUAGUAUAUUUCAUGUAACAAAAUGUGAUUGUUUUAAAUAUGAGUCUAUUCUCCCCUUGAAUUUGCACAUGCAACUUUUUUAAGGCUGAUAAGAAAAGUAGAACAGUCUUUACAUAUCUGCAUAGAACAUAUAAAUUUCAAAUUAACAAAACGUAAUGUCUGAUACUAUUUUAAUAAAAGAUUAUUACAGC